UGGGACCAGAGCCGCGGCCGUCGGAACUGGGGCCGUCGGAGCCGGGGCUGCCGGAGCCGAGUGAAUUGUUGCUGUGCAGCGCUCGUGAACCCUGGAGAACAAUGAUUGCGCGUGCCAGUACUCUGGAGGUGUGGCUACGGGGGAAUGUCUGAAGAAAGAGUUCUGCUCCAGUCUGCUGCAUAGUGACAUCAUCCACUAAUGGGUUGAGGCUGUGGCCUGGGCCAGGAUGAGUGAAGAGCUGCAAUUGGAGGAGAUACUGAUCAAGCGGUCGCAGCAGAAGAAGAGGACGUCACCGCUGAACUACAAGGAAAGACUGUUUGUCCUGACGACAAGCAGGCUGAGCUACUACGACGGAAAAGCAGAGAAGAAGUUCAGGAGAGGCUCCAUCGAGCUGAGUCGCAUCAAAUGUGUGGAGAUUGUCAAGAAUGGAGGAGGAAUCAUCCCCUGCCAAAAUAAAUACCCAUUUCAGGUGGUGUAUGAUGCCAGCACUCUGUACGUGUUUGCUCCGAGUCAUGACAGCAGAAGUCUGUGGGUCCAGAGCCUCAAAGAGCAAAUCAAAGACAAUCAGGUCAUCAUGGCCAAGUUCCACCCUCAAUUCUGGCAGGAGGGGGCGUGGCUCUGCUGCCGCCAGGUGGACAAACAAGCUCUGGGCUGUGAGGAGUAUAAUCUGUAUGGAGACAUUUCCAGAAAACCUUUACCCCCGAUUCCUGGAGAGGAGCGGCAGCGACGUCCACCUCCUCCCCUCCCCCCAGCAGCUGAGGAGGAUGAUGAGGAUAAAGAUGAAGUUGAUGGUGAGGAAGUGGUGGUAGCUUUGUUUGACUUUCCGGGCACUGAACCACAUGAUCUGAGUCUGGUUAAAGGAGGCGAGUAUGUCAUCUUGGAGAAAUGUGACAUAAAUUGGUACAAGGCACGCAACAAGUACGGUGAGGAGGGCUACAUCCCAAGUAACUAUGUAACAGAGAAGAAACACGGAAACCUGGUACAGUUUGUCUGGUACAGUAAACACAUCAACAGGAAUAAGGCCGAGGAGCUGCUGAGGAAAGAGGACAAAGAAGGAGCCUUCAUUGUCAGAGACUCCAGCACUCCAGGAAUGUACACUGUCUCAUUAUACGCCAAGUCUGUUGGAGGGGAGGGAGGAGCAGCUAUAAAACAUUAUCACAUCAAGGAGACACAAAGCUCCCCCAAGCAGUUUUACCUGGCUGAGAAACACCUGUUCAAUACCAUUCCUGACCUCAUCGACUAUCACAAACACAAUGCUGCAGGUCUUGUAGCCAGAUUGAGGUAUCCUGUAGGAAAACAGGACAAGUCUGCCCCAUCCACUGCAGGCUUCAGCUACGAAAAGUGGGAGAUUAACCCCAGUGAACUGACCUUCAUGAAGGAGCUGGGCAGUGGUCAAUUUGGUCUGGUGAGGCUUGGCAAGUGGAGGGCUCAGCACAAAGUGGCUAUUAAAGCCAUCAGGGAAGGAGCCAUGUACGAAGAGGACUUCAUCGAGGAGGCUAAAGUCAUGAUGAAACUAUCCCAUCCUAAGCUGGUGCAGUUGUAUGGAGUGUGCAGCCAGCAGAGGCCCAUUUACAUCGUCACAGAGUUCAUGGAGCUUGGGUGCCUGCUUAAUUUCCUCCGGCAGCAGCGGGGAAGCUUCAACCUGGAGGCGCUGCUCAGUAUUUGCCUGGAUGUCAGUGAAGGCAUGGAACAUCUGGAGAGCAACGGCUUCAUCCACAGAGAUCUGGCUGCCAGAAACUGUUUGGUGAAUGAUGCUCUUAUGGUGAAGGUGUCUGACUUCGGCAUGGCCAGAUAUGUGUUAGAUGACCAGUACACCAGUUCAUCAGGUGCCAAGUUCCCCGUGAAGUGGUCCCCACCGGAAGUCCUUAACUUCUGCAAAUACAGCAGCAAAUCAGACGUCUGGUCUUAUGGUGUGUUGAUGUGGGAGGUUUUCUCAGAGGGACGAAUGCCGUUUGACCAGACUCAAAACCACGAGGUUGUCACCUUGGUAACACAGGGCCACCGCCUAUACAGGCCCAAACUGGCCUCACCAGCCAUUUAUGAUAUCAUGCAGCUCUGCUGGCAUGAGAAACCUGAAGAGCGUCCAUCGUUCUCUUGCCUCUGUCUGAUGAUCUCCAGCACACUGGAGGACUAUGCCCCAACUGAUUAAUUGACCAGUGAACUCCCUCAGCUGGCUGUAGUGCCCAUGUUAGGUCCCAAUCACUUGUUGUUUAGAGUCUGCUGUGGUCACCAUGAUCCAUCAGGGUGUUAAAGUCAACAGUCAUAUAUAAAUUAAAGAAAAGGACACAACUAAAGGAGAAUAGUUUAAUGUUCCGUAUCCUGCCUGGAAAUGACCAAUCAGAUUAAGGAGACAGACUCACUCAUUCAGUAAUAUCAUUUGUUUUUCCAGAUAUGUCACUCCAAUGUCUGAAAUCGGAGAACACAACUCCUCAUUUCUGAUCUGCCCCUUUACUACUUUAAUAUCUGACCACAGUGUGAACUAACAGGAAUAUAAACCUAAAAGCUCACAGUGUACACAUUAGCUCAGAAAAAAAUGUAUGCAUGCUGAUCUACAGCUGAAUCCCUGCAGCUUUAUUUUUAUUAUUUGAGUGAGGACUCAGCUGUAUGGACUGAUUAAUGCAUUUCCCUUAACAUAGUUUACUGUAUCUUAUUCUGACAAAUUUACCUCCUUUUUGUAGAGAUGUUGCAUGUUGAUUCUUGAUGUUCUUGAUUUACAGGUAUUAGUUAUGAAGUGCAAUUAAAGCUAUACCGUAUGAUGUG